UCUCUUGCAACAAGAGCUGUUUGUCUUUCAGGUCUACUGGAAUUUGUGCUGUCUAUAAGCGUGUGUACAUUCCAUGUGCCAAUGUACCCACUGGGAGCAGUGAAAAUAAGAGCUGGAUAUUUGCUUCAGUUGUUUAUUAAUCUGUGGAAGCAGGACAAGGACAGAGCUCUACCCUGUAAACAGAAUCGAUUCUUUAUAACCUGUGGAAUCCAGUCUCGUCUCGUAUUCUUGGCUUAAACUAGAGCACACUCUGUCCUGUUACAUCUUUCCUGUUGUAUACCAGGUUUGAAGGAUGGCUGUCUUUUCCUGGUUCCCACUCCUCCUCAUCAUCAUGGCAAAGACCGACUACUCAGAGCCAGUUUUGAGUGAGAGGACUGAGCAGACCUGCUGCUCCCUGGUCUCUUGUGGUACCCCUGGGGCAAAUGGGGCUCCUGGAAAAGAUGGAAGAGAUGGGCUCAAGGGAGAAAAGGGAGAACCAGGCCAAGGGCUCAGAGGUAUCCAGGGCCCUCCAGGGAAAAUGGGGCCUCCAGGGCAACCAGGAUCAAAGGGAGUUCCAGGACUACCAGGCUUGAAAGGAGAUAGAGGAGACAGUUCAGUUUCUUUGAAUAGGCUAUCAGCCUUGGAAAGAAAAAUCCAGCGCCUUGAGACACAACUGGAAAAUAUCAAUGAGUCCUUUCUCAAACUGAUCACAGUCUCAAGUAAACAAAUAGAGAUCCUUCAAGCUCAAGUGGACAAGAACAAAAAUAUUCUGACCUUCUCCGUGGGCAAAAAGGUUGGGAAAAAACUGUUCCUAAGCAAUGGAGAAAAAGCCAAUUUUGACAGAGUGAAAGUUCUUUGUGAGCAAUUUGGGGCCACCAUUGCAAUCCCAAAGAAUGGAGAGGAGAAUAAAGCUAUACAGGACUUGGCCAAAGACACCCCUGCUUUUCUGGGUAUCACAGACAAAGUUCAAGAAGGACAAUUUGUAUACAUCACAGGAGAAAGAAUGACCUACACCAACUGGAAGAAGAAUGAACCCAAUGACUAUGGAUCUGGGGAAGACUGUGUAUUGUUGAACAGUGACGGAUCAUGGAAUGAUAUCUCCUGUACAACUUCCUUGCUUGCUGUCUGUGAACUCCCUGCCUGAAUGGAUCCCUUAAUGGGGAUUGAAUGUUGAAGUCCUUUAUCUGUGACUCCAUAUCAAUGACACCAGAAAUGAAUGCUGGAAUUUUGUAAGCUUGACAUUCAGUUGCCAUUUUCUGUAUUUAAACACAUAAUUAAAAUACCUAACUCACUCUUAA